GGGAGGCGGCCGCUGUUUAUUUGCAGCCGGGCAGGCUGCGCCUCGGCAGAGCGCGAGUGGCCGGCGGCGGUCCCGCUGCCCGCCCCGCACCAUGCGGGCGCCGCUGCCUUCCCGCGCCGCGGCGGCAGCGGAGCCGGGGCAGCCAGCGCGGCGCCCCGCACCCGCGCCAUGGUGACGGGCCCGGCGCUGGGCUCCCGCUGCCGGGACCGAGCCGCGCCGCCCUCCCCCGACCCGUCCCCGCCGUCGGCGGGCGGGCGGCGCGGCGGAGCGGUGGCAGCGGCGGUGCUGGCGGGGCUGUGCGCCCUGUGCUACGGCAACUCUCUGCGGGGCGAGUUCGUGCACGACGACGUCUGGGCCAUCGUGAACAACCCCGACGUGAGGGCGGCCGCUCCCGUGGCCGCCGCUUUCUCCAACGACUUCUGGGGCAAGCGGAUGGCCGAGAACACCAGCCACAAGUCUUACCGACCCCUCUGCGUUCUCACCUUCAAGUUAAACAUAUUGCUGGCUGGUAUGAACCCCUUCUAUUUCCACGCAGUGAAUGUAAUUUUACACUGUCUAGUGACUCUUGUGCUGAUGUACACUUGUGACAAAGCUGUGUUCAAGGACUGUCGACUUGCUUUUGUCACGGCGCUGUUCUUUGCUGUGCAUCCCGUUCACACCGAGGCUGUAACAGGUAUAGUAGGCAGAGCGGAUGUCCUGGCCUGUCUACUCUUUCUGUUGGCUUUUCUCUCCUAUAAUAGGAGUGUGGAUCAGCUUUAUGUUGGGGAACAUUUCCCUCCCACUGCCUCCCCAUUCUUUUUGCUGCUUAGUUUAUUCCUUGGGACGUGUGCAAUGCUGGUGAAAGAAACUGGAGUCACUGUGUUUGGUGUGUGCUUGGUUUAUGACUUCUUUUCCCUCUCCUGCAAUGGACUCAAACUGAGAAAUGGAGGGAUCCACCAGAGACCUGCCCGGCAUCCCGCGGCUUCUCCCUCACUGCAGGUCCCUUCGUCAGGCAGGGAGAACGGGAAGCAUCGCUUCACUCACCGGGGCACCUGGAGCUCCUGCCACCCAGCAUCACCUGAGGAACAGCAGAGCGGUGGCCCUUCUGUGCCCAGCAAAGCCAUGUGGGCCAUUCGGAGCUACCUGACUGCAAAUAACAAUCAGAAUUUCUUGUAUACUGCAAGGCCUUUUUUGAAGAGAGCUGCUUUGGUGAUAAGCUACGUGAUUCUCGUGUUGUAUUUCCGCCUCUGGAUAAUGGGAGGAUCCAUGCCGAUGUUCUCAGAGCAGGACAAUCCAGCUUCAUUCUCGCCGUAUUUACUGACGAGGUUUCUGACUUACUCCUACCUUCUGGCCUUCAAUGCGUGGCUGCUGCUGGCACCGAUCACCCUGUGCUACGACUGGCAGGUCGGCAGCAUCCCUUUGGUCGAGUCCGUCUGGGAUGCAAGGAACUUAGCCACAGUGUUCUUGGUGCUGGUGAUGACAUUACUCAGCCUGCACUGUAUAGCUGCAUUCAAGAAACUGGAACACAAAGAAGUUUUGGUUGGCUUGUUGUUCCUGGUUUUCCCAUUCAUCCCAGCCAGCAACCUCUUCUUCAGGGUGGGAUUUGUGGUGGCAGAGCGAGUCCUUUACAUGCCGAGUAUGGGGUACUGCAUCCUUUUUGUCCAUGGUCUAAAAAAGCUGUCUACGUGGUUAAAUAAGUGGAGGAUUACUGUUCUGACCCUCUUUGCUUUACUACUGCUGCUCUUCUCUUGGAAGACUGUGAAACAGAAUGAAAUCUGGCUGUCACGAGAAUCCCUUUUCAGCUCAGGAGUGAAGACCCUGCCCCACAACGCCAAGGUGCACUACAACUACGCCAAUUUUCUGAAAGACCAGGGCCGUAACGUUGAGGCGAUCUACCACUACAAAACUGCUCUCAAGCUCUACCCUCGUCACGCAAGUGCUCUCAACAACCUGGGGACAUUGACCAAAGAUGUGGUGGAGGCAAAGGACUACUACAGACGGGCCCUUCACUUAAACCCUCAGCACAACAGAGCUCUCUUCAAUCUUGGCAACCUGCUCAAGUCCCAAGGGAAGAAGGAGGAAGCCGCAAUCUUGCUGCGGGACUCCAUUAAAUACGGCCCAGAGUUCGCAGAUGCUUACUCAAGCCUGGCCUCACUGCUGGCCGAACAGGAACGGCUGAAGGAAGCAGAGGAGGUCUAUAAGGCUGGCAUAGAAAAUUGUCCAGAGAGCUCCGAUCUGCAUAACAACUUCGGUGUUUUCUUGGUUGAUACCGGGUUUCCUGAGCGAGCCGUGUCCCACUACAGGCAGGCCAUCCGCCUGAGCCCCACUCACCACGUGGCCAUGGUGAACCUGGGCAGGCUUCACCGCUCCCUGGGGCAGAACAAAGAAGCUGAAACUUGGUACAAGCGGGCACUGAAGGUAUCCCGGAAGGCUGAAGUCCUGUCCCCACUGGGGGCUCUGUAUUACAACACCGGGCGGUAUGAAGAAGCGUUGCAGGUUUACAGAGAAGCCGCAUCACUGCAGCCUUUGAACAAAGAGAUCCGACUGGCACUGGCUCAGGUUUUAGCAAUGAUGGGGCGGAUGAAAGAAGCCGAAAAGAUGACCAACCAUAUACUCAGCGAGGAUGCGGAGUGUCUGGAGUGCUACCGCCUUCUUUCAGCCAUCUACAGCAAGCAGGAGCACUAUGCCAAGGCACUUGAAGCUAUAGAAAAAGCUUUUCAGCUAAAACCAAAGGAUCCGAAAGUCAUAUCAGAGCUCUUUUUUACUAAAGGAAACCAGCUAAGAGAACAGAAUCUCCUUGACAAGGCUUUUGAGAGCUAUAAACAGGCUGUGGAGCUCAACCCAGACCAAGCGCAGGCCUGGAUGAAUAUGGGAGGCAUUGAGCACAUCAAGGGGAGCUACGUCACUGCCCGUGGCUACUAUGAGAAAGCCUUACAGCUGGUUCCAAACAGCAAGUUGCUGAAGGAGAAUCUGGCCAAACUGGAUCGCUUGGAGAAACGGUUUCAGGAAGUCCAGGAGAAAGACCAAACAUAGCAUUUGGUCACCAGUGGAAAGAAACUCAUGCCCCUUGGAGAAGAGUAUGGUGGAAGCCUAUUGCUCAAAGCGAUGCUGAAGGAACUUUGAUAUGUCUCAGAAUUACGGAAGGCAAAUUUUGAAUGCAUGCUUGGGUUUGACUUAAGUUACGGGAGUCACUUGGCUCCUGUAGGACAUGCUGGAGAAUUAAUGAAAACCUUCCUUCAAUCAACAUCUGUGUUUAGGCUGAACCCAUUUUAAUCACACCGGCCAGGAGUGUGGGUGGGACAUGUACCUUCAAUAUCUUGGUUAUCACUGGGGAAACCAUGGAGACAAAGCAGUCAUCCAUUGCAGCAGGGGUGAAGUAGCACCUCCUGUUACUCAACACGGGCUCACCUCGUCCACAUAAAGUACCACCGAUGUGCUUUGUUGCAAAUGCUACCAGGUCCUUCUGAGCCAGGAAAGAUGGUCAUAAUGGUCACAUAAAAGGAUUUCAAGGGGUUAAUGCUGAGGAUAUGGUGGCCACUUUUGCAGCUCUAAAUGUGACUUGAAAAUUAUUCUAAAGAAAGGGAAAGUGGUGUUGGAAUAUCAUCCUAGAAGGAUGAUUCUACAAGUAGGAUAAAAGAUCCCUUGAGGGAAGACCUCACCUGAAUGUUUUACUCAUAAGAUAGUCAUUUUGUAGUAAUUCAGGUUCAUGAUGUCAGUAUUGUCAAAUAUCACAUGGCUUUACCCUUUGCCCUCUUCCUCCAGGCCAAAUAAUUAUUACUCUGAAGAAAAUGGAAGUAUCCAAAGGCAAUGGGAAGCUCUAGAAGUACUUGUCCUCCUGUCCAGUCCCCAGUAAAAAAUCAACCAACCAACCAACCAACCAACUGACCUGAUCAAUAUAGCAGGUAAAAUAAGGCCACAGAGAGAUUAGGGGAGAUUUCCUAGCCUGGAAAGGUACUAAGGAGGCUUUUUUAUGAGUGUGCAGGAACAAAGCCUAUUUAUCGUGGUGAUAACACUGACAAAACGCUUUGUCAAAAUGUUCUCACCCCCUUCCCCAAAAGAUACAGAAAAUGGCCUAUAGCUGACCAGUCAUAAAUCUAUAUUUUUAAAUACUGAAGUGGGAAAACAAAUUCUCUUCAGAAUUGAGGCUUUUAUUUUUGAGCUUUAUUUAUUUAACUUAUAAUAAUCAAAUAAUUAAUAUAUUUUCUCUGUUUUAUACCAAUUGGGCAGUAUCCUUCACAGCCGGCCACGUGGCUGUGCACUGUGACUCGUAUUGUCUGAAGUUAGAAAAAUGCAGGACCACCGAAACGUGCUUGAAAAAGUCCCCUUGAUGAUGUUUCUAAAGCAAAUGGCUGCAGAGCGCAUCGGACCAUACUGUUGCUGUAAGAACAGCACUUCUGUUGUGUCCACCAGGGUUUGUACCAGUUCACAGAGAGUGCUAGUGGAAUCGUGCUUGGUCCCACUGCCUUUGGGUUGGGACAUCAGGGUAGGUCAUCAGUUUGUUCCUCUAGCAGGAGGGAGCUCCUGUAAAAGUUGUUAUAUUCGAGCUUGAUUGUGGCCAGUCCCUGCAGCAGAGCAGCCCAGGGUUUGGCAUUAUUACUAAAGGACAGUUCUGAUUAGGUAGGCAAUGCCUUGAUACGUAUCUGUGAGGAAAAGCCUGAGGGACAGUGACCCACGUGGCAUCCAAGUUUAGCUGGUGCUGGCCAUGGCACCUCAGCAAGCUCAGCGUGAUGAGACAGACAUGUGCUGGUGGCUCCGCAGGCUUCAUUUAAAAGGUUCCUGUGUCUGCCUGCUACUGGUGGUCAAAUGACUGACAAAUUAUUAACGUGACUCCAACUGCAUUUGGAGCUCAGAGGGAGUGCAGACUGGUGCAGAGAUCUGCCCCGCCAGGGCUUGUAGACCUGCUAGAGCCAUGGCUGUGCACCCAGCAAGAUGAGGCUGGACUUGAAAGGUUCUGGUCCCCGCUGACCAAUGAGGCUGGCCGGUGCCUACAGCUGGGCAGAGGUGGGAGGCGGAGACCAUCUGCGGUAGAAGUGGUGACACACAUUUAGGGGCUCCCUCCCUUCAAAUGAGCUUCCCAAGGGAGCAGCUGGGACCAAAACAAGCAAGUCUCAUGCUGGUGCAUUUUCCCUUCUCCCCCUCCCCAGCCCAAGCAGCCUACUUUGCUUUUGGGGGCCAAGGCCAGUUUUGAGGUCCUGGAGCUGUGUUAGCAACCCUUGUCUUUUGACAUGACUUUUAUGGCCAUGGACUUGCUGACCUGACAUUUCUGCAGGUCCCUGGUCCGGGCACACUGCUUCCUGCCUUGCAUGGAGUAGCUUUGCACAGCCCUGGCAUUGCUGGGGUGGCCAGAAGAGAUGGGGUCACACCAGCAGAGACCCAUGGGAUGGAGAAACCAAAGCUUUGAGGCAGCUUCACCAAAGCCCUGUGGGCCUGAGGUGGCUGCCUGGGGUACUGCUGUUGGCAGGGAAUUUUGGGGCUGACAGAGGAGUGUUUGGUGCAGCCCCUGAGAGAGGUGCUGUGCAAAAACCUCCGUGGAUAAGGCAUCUGCAGAGUGCUCUGACAGCCAGCUGAAGUGUGGGGGAUAGGGCUGGGGGGAGACACGACUCAUUUAAAAACAUGUAUCAGCUAUAAACUUUGCCUCAUAAAGAUAUAUUAAAUAAAUACUAUAUAUUCUACAAGCCCCACAGCAGUGUGGCUUUAGAUUGUGGCCAAUGAAACAUAUUUUUUCAAAUAUAGAAAAAGUUGUAUUUUUUAUAGCAAUGCUUUGUGAGGGGAAGACUUAAUUCUGUGUUUUUAACUUUGGCUUAAGUCUUAGUUUGUCUUUCCUGAGAGACCUGGUAGAAAUGAUUGUCUCAUUCUUGUCCUAGAACUUGAUCCAAGCCAUCUUGACCUUCUAAAACUGGUGCACAUGUGACAGUAUUCUAUAGCUUCGGGUGCCCCCCUCCCAGGUCCUGGAGAAGGAUUACCAUUUUUGCAACACUGUCUUACUUGCAGAAUAAUGUAGAAAGAUGAGACCAACCUUCCUAUGAGGGAAGUGGUUUGGUUGGAAGGCUUGGUGUAUGUGCAUCCACUUGCCUCAGUUAAACAGGUAACAUAUCCAUGGAGUUUAAUCCCAGUUGAACUGGAUAACGUUUAUAUGCCAAAAGGCCAACUCUCCACAUUUUGGAGCUGGGUUUAUGGUAGUUAUGCAGAGAAGGGGGCUUGGUAGUGAACCCCGCUUUCCUGAACUGGUACUUUAUACCCCAUCUAUGCAGGAUGACGGUCUGCAAACUGGCAGCAUAUUUGGAGAAUGAUUCAGACCAUGAGCUACCAAAGCAGUUUAACCAUUGUGAACUUUUGAGCUGACUCCGUGUCUCAUUGGCAUCCGUGCUGAAACGCUGUGUUUUUUCAGGACAUUAAUCUUGUGAAAGGUUUUUUGCAGGCAAAGAAGAAGAAUGGAGUGUGGCAUGAAAUGGGUUGCCUCCACCAAAAUGGAAUGCUAUUGUGGAAGAUAAAUCAAGCGACGUACCUUGUGAUAAACUGGAUAUUAUCUUAAUUAAUCAUAGGAAAUGUCCUCUUCCUCUAGCAUUGCACUGCUUCUAAAAUAAUGAGUUAUAAAUACAUUGUUUUCUGAUGACUCCAGCGCUCAGCAUGGUUAGGAGAGAUUAUAAAUUAAUAAAUGGGUGAAGCUCUACCUGGUGAGGGAGAGUUCACUGUCUGCAAGCUGCGUUGCCUAAACCUCAGCGCUCACCAGUACGAAAGUGGAGAAUUAAUGGAAAGUUGGUUAGACAGGACUAACCCUACACGCACUGUGCAUUUUAAUCCUAAAUGAAAAACAUAAUAACGGUGUUGCUUUUUCCUUUCCCAUGAAUAAUAUUUUCAGUGGAUGGAUUUUGUUUUGUUUUAUUGCUUAUUUAAAGUCUAGCAUUCUUUGCUUCCAUUCCUUUUCCAUCCCCUGGCAUAAAUGAUGCAGUGGGGGGCAUGUUCUCUCUCUCUUAGACUCCUUAGACUAGAUUUUCCUACAAAUGUGCAGGCAACUUGUUUUGGCCAGAGGGUAAGUGAAUGCAGCAGUGCAAAUGGCCUUCAUUCCAGAGAUCUCGACAAGGAGGGGGGUGUGUGCCUGCAUGCACAUGGGUGGAAGAAGUCUAAAUCAAAAAUAUCAAAAAUAAAAAGCCUAACUUGCAGGGGAGGCUGGACACCCCUAAAAUUAUCUAAAAACUAUGAAAGCUUCUCACCAGUUAUAGGAACCAGGCCAGAUAUGCUGCACAAUAUUUGAUGAAAGAAGAGAAUUGUCAUUCUAAUUUUAAUAAUUAGGCAAUUUAGCAUAUAGUUGUAUGAUCUUUUGCCCCACUUGUCCUCCAGUUCGGUGAAAUGGUAUAUGCUUAACUCUCCUCAAUCUGCGUGUGAUUAAGUAGACGAAGUGCUCAAUUUCUACCUUUGAUAUAUGCAAUUAUGCACAAUCUUUGGAAAAAAAUAGCCCUUAGAGGGUUUUUUUCCCCAACCUUCGUUCUCUUGCAGCAGUUUCAAAAUGCACCAUUUUGCUUUCAUGUACAUUUAAACCCAGCAGCAAAAAAAAAAAGAAAAAAAAGACCAAAAAAAAAAGGCGCUUGGCAUUCACUAGUGCACUAAUGUUUCAAUGUGGCAAAGUUGCUUCAGGUAAUCUUUAUGACUUUGUGCAAAAGUUCAUUGCCAUGUUUGUACUGACUUGCUGAAUUUUUUUUCCUCUGGAAAAUACACCCAGUGGUAUCCUCUGUAAAAGUUAUGGCUUCUACAACCGUAUUAAUAUAGAAAUCUCUGCCUGAAGUGGAUGUCACGCUGCGUGUUCCUCUCAUGUGGGAGUUGUUUGCAUUGCCCAUUGUUCAUAUGGUUCUUAUUUCUGUACCAGUUGUGCAUAUCUUUAAAAACCAAACCAAACCAAACCACAACACCAAAAAACAAGAACAAGAACAACAAGAAAGCAGCCUUUGGAUUAGAAAAUAAAUUCAGACUUAGCAGCAACUGGAUGUUCGUCAGUGGUACAGGAAUUUGCAAAGUCUUUGCUUUUUUUCGCUGUGGGAUUUAUGGCUAGAUUUCACAUAAAGGAAUUAUGCUGGAAGUCUUUGCAAAAGAAAAUGUAUGUAAAUGUCUAUUUUAUAUAAAACGUAAGAAAAGUAA